AUGGGAGAGGAGAGGUUGCCAAGAAUUGUAUGGGAGGCGAAGUGGGCAAACAAAAAGAGGGGUAGACAACCCACGGAAUGGGUCAAGGUUGUAGAGGACGUACGGAAGGGGCUCGACAUCAACGAAGAUGAAACGCUGGAAACGGAGGAUCUAAAGGGGUUCAAGGAGAAGAUAUUUGUUGCAUGUGCCGAGAGAGAACAGAAUCUAAGGAAAGAAACCAAAGAUAAGGAGGGUCUAGAAGUGUACGGAAUAUUGAAGGAAGGAAUAGGGUUCAAGGAUUACCUACAUGGACCAAUGGAUGCAGGAACAAAGCUUAAGGUCAAAUUCAGGACCGGGGACAUAGGCCUUCGAGAACGUCGACGCAGAAAUGGGACGGUAGACGAGGAAGACGACGAGUUCAAAUGUGAUUUCGGCUUCGAAUGCGAAGACCGUGUUCAUGUAGUCGCGGAAUNGACGCAGAAAUGGGACGGUAGACGAGGAAGACGACGAGUUCAAAUGUGAUUUCGGCUUCGAAUGCGAAGACCGUGUUCAUGUAGUUGCGGAAUGUCCGUUGUACAAGAAGGAGAGGGAAGUGUGGCCAGUGGGCACGGUUACGGGGGGUUAUAACAGACCUGUAACCCCUAGGCGUUGUACAACCUGCGUAACCCGGUCGGGCGCACCGUUGCCAACCUCCAAGGUCAGGCAGGGUUUAGAAACGCCGGUCCAAACCCAGUUAGGGGACAUUUGUAUCUGUGCUUGGUUGCAGGCGAGGUUGUGCAAGCCCGAGAACGUCCAUGCCUUGCCGCGAAAACUAUGUACCAGUCGGUGUCCACAGAGUACACGACACACCGAGUUUUUGGACAUUAUGCGGCAAUAAAAAAAAAGCUUCAAGAGUGCCGGCAUUUGUAAGCCCGAUUUUAUAGUUGAAUACCGUUAGACGCGCAAAAAUA